AUGAGUGAUUCCAUGGAAGCAAGCAAGAAGCAGCAGCCGGGCCUCCUAGAGUGGCUGAGCCACAGCCAAGGCCACCUGGUGCUGCAUCUCCUCUCUGUCCUGCUCCUGGCUGGCCUGUUGGUUGCUGUUCUUGUUCAAGGUUUCAAGGGCCCCAGCUCCUCAGGAUAUGAGACAAUCCAUAAGCAGUUGCUGCAACUGAAGGGUGAAAUGGAGAGCAUUUGCCGCCCUUGUCCCUGGGAGUGGACAUUCUUCCGUGGAAAGUGUUACUUCUUCUCCAAGUCCCAGCGUAACUGGAACGAUUCCAUCACUGCCUGCCAAGAAGUGGAGGCCCAACUAGUCAUCAUUGAGAGUGAUGAAGAACAGACAUUCCUGAGUGUGAUUUCUAAGGAGAAAGGACCUGCCUGGCUGGGUCUCUCUGACCUGAGAGAGGAAGGCUCAUGGCAGUGGGUGGAUGACUCGCUUUUGGCAGACAGUUUCAGCAAAUAUUGGUAUCAAGGGGAGCCCAACAACAUGGGCAAUGAAGACUGUGCAGAAAUUUCAAGUACUGGAUGGAAUGAUAAUACAUGUUCCUUAGAGAAAUUCUGGAUCUGCAAGAAGGCUGCAUCUCCCUGCUCUAGGUGA